UUUUACUUUGUUAGUUAAGUAGUGACAGGAUUUCUCAUGGCCCUGGGAAACAACCCUGAGGCGGCUACUCAACCAGAGAUCAUAUUUGUUGAUGUGCCGGUGUCAAGUGUUUCACGGCAUAUUUUUUACUUUACGCGGAACAUAUUCACGCUGAUAUUUCAGGGCGAUAUUCUGCACAACUAUUGCCCUCUUCAAUGUGCGUCAUAAGGACAGGCGACUUGUCUCCCAAUCGCCCCACGACUUCGGCUGCGGCUGCGCUGUAACUAACCUCCACCAGCGCUGCAUACUGCCGCUUGCGCCUUCACAAUACCUAUAAAGAUUCCCUCCAAUACCUCUUCAAGGCCCCCAAAAACGAAAGGCCGUUUCAGCCCACCUUCGACUAGCCCAAGUUUUGCUGCAUAGCAUGGACGGGUAAACCUGUCUCAUGCCCGACAAACCUGCAACCGUUGCAGCCUAUGCUGCUGGCGCUUCCCUAGCCGCUAUUACCCUCUUCUACGUUUUCGGCCCCAACUUUACGAUCGACGGCGAGGAAUCGAAUGGCAGCAGCAGGAAAAAGGGCAUUGUCGGCCUGUUGAACCCGUCCAAUGACUGCUUUAUCAAUUCCGUCCUCCAAGCCCUGGCCGGCCUGGGUGACCUCCGCUUAUACCUGAUACGAGAACUCUAUCGACGUGAGCUGGAGGGCCCCGAAAUAUACGAUGCCUUGCCGGAUAUCGAAAGCGUCCCACGUGGAGCGACGCCUGAGAAGGUUCGCGACCUGCAGCAGGCACCCGUUACCAAAGCCCUGAAGGAGAUGCUUGACAGCUUAAACGAGCGGCCUAUAUAUAGGAAGACGAUCUCCGCGCGAGGGUUUAUAUUGGCUUUGGAGAGGGCGUUCCGAACGCGGAUCAGCCGGAAUCAGCAGGACGCGCAAGAAUUUUUACAAAUUGUUGCAGAACGCCUCUGUGACGAAUACCACGCCGGUGUUAAGGCACGGGAAAGGGCGGCUAGGUCCUCUCUCAGCGUCGAUGUGGUGGGUUCGAUGGUGGAUGUGAAGUCUGUAAUUGGAUACAAUGUUGGGAACAGUGACUCGGAGUUAGAGAACGGAUCACCAUCCACGGAUGUGAAGGCGGAGACUCUGGAUACCGAGUUUCCUUUCCCAUUUGAAGGGAUGAUGGAGUCUCAAAUAGAAUGCCAAUCGUGCCACUAUAGAUACAAGCCAAACCAGACCUCGUUCGUCAACCUUACACUUCAGGUGCCCCAGCAGAGCUCUACUACUCUAAGUUCGUGCUUCGACGGCCUGCUAAAAACGGAAUAUAUCGACGACUUCCGAUGCGAUAACUGCGUCCUUCUGCAAGCACAUCAAAUGAAGAAAGCAGAAAUGGAGAAGACUAAGUCGGCGCGGGAAUUCAAACACCUGGACCGCGAACUUUCUCUCAUCCGAGACGCCCUUGAAAGUGACCCGGAAACCGUCCCCAAGGGCGUCAGUAUGCCAAAUGCCCACGACGUCCCAAAGCGCAACAUCGCAAGACAUAUGCGAAUCACUUCCUUCCCCAAAUUGAUAGCCAUACAUCUAUCCCGUUCAAUAUUCGAUCAGAAUAGCUCUACAAAAAACGCCGCCAAGGUAUCGUUUCCCGAACGACUGCCUAUUGGCGGCAUCCUCGAUCAGAAGUGGUACAAGCUGCUGGGCAUAGUCUGCCACAAGGGCAGCCAUCACAGCGGCCAUUACGAAUCCUUCCGGCGCAACCAUCUUUACGCGCCCUUUUCUACCCCAGACGUUUUCCGCUCUUACUCGCAAAGUCGCUCAACAAGUCAGAACCCAUCGACUGCCCCGAGCCCCCAAAUUCACCCGAAACAGAAGACUCCUGCCGGCCAGGAUUCUGAUGCUAGUCCUCUCAGCAUUUCCGAUAACUCUCCAUCUCCAUCAGCGUCUAGCGCUUCCCUUCCUAUCCCUUCAUUGUCCGCGUCCCCUUCCCGGCCCUCAACCGGCAUAAGCGGAGGAACAGUGGGCCCUCUAGCUCCGGUGUCCCAACAAUCAACUCCCCCGCUACAACAGCAACAAGAACAAGAAGAGAAUCAAGACCCCUCCAUAUCAUCACCUGCUACGCCACGAUUGACUCUAUCCCCCUCGUCGGAUGCCGCUGCAUCUACUUCCGCUAGCCUAAGGCGCCAGUCGAGCACGAAGAGUGCAAAAAUUCCAGUACCGGGCGCCGGGCUCCAGUCUCGUAUCCGGCGGAAAAAACGGGCGAAUGACCGCUGGUGGCGGAUCAGCGAUGAUAAGGUUAAAGAAUGCAAAACUAGCGAUGUGCUGGGGAUGCAGAGGGAGGUUUAUUUGCUUUUCUACGAAAUGGAGAGGCCGGGUGAUGAUGAACAAGAAUAGAUCUUUCUACCUCAAGGCUAGGAAAACAAAAUGAAAAUAGAAGGGGAUGAAUGGUAGGGCCCCCCCCGGGGGGGGGGGGGGGGGAGGUUGGAGAAAUUUUAAAAAAAAUUGAACACGAAGCAAAUGAGGAAAUAGAGGAAACCUGCAGAGAAAAAAAAUACUGAAGCAUGGAGGGGAAGAAGGGAAGGGGUCUCGGAUGGAAUCAACAGACAAUAUCAUCAAAGAUAUCAACUUAUUUUCCCCUUCGGUUGGCGCGAAAUGAUUUGCUUUUCACUUUCACCAUUCUCCCCGUUGGUGCUUUAUUUUUCUUUUCUUUCUUUUUGCACUGGGUUAGAGGGAAGCAACGCUAUCCCUUCGGUUAUUUCCUUUAUUCAUUUUUAUCUCAUUUUUAUCUCAUUUUAAUGUUUAGCAAGUUAUCACUAGUUAAAUAGUCAUCUUUUUAGCAUACUGACUCAUAUGUAUGUAUCUUCAGAAGAUUUUACCGCCCUUCACUCUAUGUUCGAGUUAUAUAUAAGUUACAUAUAUUGAUAUAUAUAGAGUUUAGUAAACUAUUCACUUAUACACUUUCAUGUUCUUCAGAA